UUUUUUUUUUUUUUUUUUUUUUGCUUCGAGGGAGGCCAUCUUACUGCUGUAUCUCGAUGCCCUGGCCCUGGUACGUGUGUCGAUGGUCCAUCCCGCACUCCACCCCUUUUCCACCCCAACGGUUCUAGCUUCAGGUUCUGCAGCGAGGGAAACGCAAAGACGUCGUGCGUUUUGGUAUGCGUUUUAACCUUGAUGGCGGUGCCGUCAACAGAAGCAUGGCCUUCCUAGCUGGUUGUAUACACUUUUCGCCCACCUCGUCAACUUUCCCGUCGCCUAUUCUGGAUCGGUCAAGUCGAGGCCCCCGAUAGGGAUUCGUUAGCCGUCACUAUCGGACGACUGUUGUGCUCCAUGGCAAAAGAGGCACGAGCCUCAAGCCCCACGUCGAGUCCCCGCGAUGGCUGCCCAAGAGUCCAAGACGCCAAUCACGCAAGGUACACACACAGCUGGUUCGGAGCAUCUGAGAAACACGACAAAGUCAAGCAUCACGUUGGGCUUUGGCAAACGUUAAGCACAUUCAUCAAUCAUCGGAAAACUUGGAUGCUGCUGCAUCGAUGUAACCUAGCUCGACCUCCAGGUGCCCCCGCUCAGCCAGGCAAACCCCUUCCCCCUCUCUCUUUAAGCUACCCGAAUCGGGCCCGGCUUGUAUUGUAUCUAACGAGUGGUGUUCUCGUCGAUGGUCUCAUCCGGGGGACCGUUAUCACAGCAGCCGAUGCUCUUGUCGGCUCAACUCAACUCUUUCCCCACCUGUCGUCGAGCCUCUUUGAGGAGUCGCAGUUACACAAGCGCACGCACACCAAUAGGCAAGACCACAUGUAGGAAGGGAACUGCAACUAAUCGCUAGCUGCGCAACAUCGAACGCACCACUGCAACGCACUUAUCUUGGUAUCCUGGUCACCGUGAAAAAGAAGGAAGG